AUGCAAGUCGGUUUCUUGAUUUCAAUAUUCGCAUGCUUUUUGAUAAUUGAUACUCAUGGAACGAAAGAUCCUAAUACAGCACCGAAUCGUCAUACAGCUGUUCAUUUGUUCGAAUGGAAAUGGAAAGACAUAGCCAAUGAAUGCGAACGAUUUCUUGGACCUUAUGGAUAUGCAGCCAUUCAAGUUUCACCACCUAAUGAACAUUCACUUGUUGAUGGUCGUCCAUGGUGGCAACGUUAUCAACCAGUAAGUUAUAAAUUGCAGUCAAGAAGUGGUUCUGAAACUGAAUUUAUUGAUAUGGUUCAUCGAUGUAAUAAUGCUGGCGUUCAUAUCUACGUUGAUGCUAUAAUUAACCAUAUGGCAGCAGCUGGAAAUAGAGGAUCUGCUGAUUAUCCUAGUGUACCGUAUAGUGCUUGGGAUUUUGCCGAUUCAUUAUGUAAAACUGGCAGUGGAAGUAUUGAAAAUUAUAAUGAUGCUGAUCAGGUUAGAAAUUGUAAAUUGAGUGGUAUGCCUGAUUUAUUACUAUCAAAAGAUUAUGUUGUGAACAAAAUUGCUGAAUAUAUGAAUCGUUUAAUUGAAAUCGGUGUUGCUGGUUUUCGUAUCGAUGCUGCUAAACAUAUGUGGCCAAAUGAUUUAAAUAAAUUGAUUGGAAAAUUAAAUAAUUUACCAUCACAUAUAUUUGGACAAAAUAAACGACCAUUUAUUUAUUUUGAAGUUAUUGAUCUUGGUGGUGAACCAAUUAAAAAUACAGAUUACACGUGGAUAGGUCGUGUAUCUGAAUUUCGUUACGGAAAAUACUUAAGCGAAGUUGUACGAAAGAAAUUCGGACAAAAACUUAAAUAUUUAAAUAAUUUUGGAACUGGUUGGGGCAUGAUUCCCGAUGGUGAUGCACAAAUUAUGAUUGACAAUCACGAUAAUCAACGUGGCCAUGGUGCUGGGGGUGAAAUUUUGACGUUCUUUGAUAGCCGUCUCUACAAAAUUGGCACCGCAUUUAUGCUCGCUUGGCCUUACGGAUAUCCUGUAAUCAUGUCCAGUUAUUAUUUCGAACGUAAUAACGAUUUUCAAGGUCCACCAUCAGAUGGUAACGGAAAUACUAAUGAUGUUGUUAUCAAUGCUGAUCUGUCUUGUGGUGGUGGAUGGAUAUGUGAACAUCGCUGGCGCCAAAUUUAUAAUAUGGUCCGUUUUCGUAAUACUGCAGCAUUUCAACCAGUUCAAAAUUGGUGGGAUAAUGGUAAUAAUCAAAUCGCUUUUUCACGUGGUAAUAAAGCUUUUAUUGCUAUUAAUAAUGAUGACUAUGGUCUUGAUCAAUGGUUACAAACAGGUUUACCACAAGGUCAAUAUUGUGAUGUUAUUUCAGGCAAUCUUGAACAAGGCCGAUGUACAGGCAAAGUCAUUACUGUUCAAGGUGACGGACGAACAAAAGUAACAAUAUCUAAUAUUGAAGAAGAUCCGAUGAUUGCUAUUCAUGUCGAUGCUAAACUUUAA